AAGGGUGGCAAGGGUCUUGGAAAGGGUGGUGCCAAGCGUCACCGCAAGAUCUUGCGCGACAACAUUCAGGGUAUCACCAAGCCCGCUAUCCGCCGUCUCGCUCGUCGUGGUGGUGUCAAGCGUAUCUCUGCCAUGAUCUACGAAGAGACCCGUGGUGUCCUCAAGACCUUCCUCGAGGGUGUUAUCCGUGACGCUGUCACCUACACCGAGCACGCCAAGCGCAAGACCGUCACCUCUCUCGACGUUGUCUAUGCCCUCAAGCGCCAGGGCAGAACCCUCUACGGUUUCGGUGGUUAA